AUGGCUGCUGAAUCCGAUGUCCUGCAUUUCCAGUUUGAACAGCAAGGAGAUGUAGUCUUGCAGAAAAUGAAUCUCUUGAGACAGCAGAAUUUAUUUUGUGAUGUGUCAAUUUAUAUUAAUGACACCGAGUUCCAGGGGCACAAGGUGAUUUUAGCUGCUUGCUCCACUUUCAUGAGAGAUCAGUUUUUACUUACGCAGUCAAAACAUGUCAGAAUCACCAUCUUGCAGAGUGCAGAAGUUGGCAGAAAACUGUUGCUGUCUUGCUAUACAGGAGCACUUGAAGUUAAAAGGAAAGAGCUUUUGAAAUAUUUGACUGCUGCUAGUUACCUGCAGAUGGUUCACAUUGUGGAAAAGUGCACAGAAGCUUUGUCAAAGUAUCUGGAAAUUGAUCUUUCUAUGAAAAAUAACAAUCAGCAUACCGACCUGUGUCAGUCCUCUGAUCCAGAUGUUAAAAAUGAAGAAGAAAAUUCAGAUAAAGACUGUGAGAUAAUUGAAAUUUCAGAAGACAGUCCCAUAAACGUAGAUUUUCAUGUAAAAGAAGAAGAAAGCAAUGUUUUACAGUCUACAGCAGAGUUGACAUCAGAGAGGAAGGAAAUGAAGUCACCAGAGCUGUCUUCAGUAGAUAUUGGUUUUAAAGAUAACGAAAUUUGUAUCCUCCAUGUGGAAUCUAUCAGUACUGCCGGUGUAGAAAAUGAGCAGUUUUCACAGCCUUGUACCUCUUCAAAAGCAACCAUGUAUUUCUCUGAAACACAGCAUUCACUGAUCAAUUCUACAGUUGAGAGCAGAGUGGCAGAAGUUCCUGGGAAUCAAGAUCAGAGCUUAUUCUGUGAGAAUACUGAAGGAAGUCAUGGUACAGUGAAUGAGAUUCAGAACCUGGAGGAUGCUUAUUCACUGAGGCACCAGUGCCCCAGGUGUCCCCGAGGAUUUCUUCACGUUGAAAACUAUCUGCGCCACCUUAAGAUGCAUAAACUGUUCUUGUGCUUACAGUGCGGGAAAACAUUUACACAGAAGAAAAAUCUCAACCGGCACAUUCGAGGGCACAUGGGCAUACGGCCCUUUCAGUGCACUGUGUGCUUGAAGACCUUUACUGCCAAAAGCACACUUCAGGACCACUUGAACAUACACAGUGGAGAUCGCCCAUACAAAUGCCACUGUUGUGACAUGGAUUUCAAACACAAAUCUGCCCUCAAAAAGCACUUAACCUCUGUCCAUGGCAGAAGUAGUAGUGAAAAACUACCCAGGCAUGAUCUCAAAAGGCAAAAUCUACUAUAA